AUGUCAGUAGUAAUUAGACCAAUCGAAGAAAAGGACACAGACCAAUGGCUCCAGCUCUGGACCGGUCCUCAAGGAUACAUUGAAUUUUACAAAUCACUGCACAAAAUCACUGCGGAAAUCUCAAACACUACAUUCAACAGGUUUUUGGACCCAAACGAACCAGUAUACUCCAUAGUUGCAAUCGACCCAGCAACUAACAAGAUUAUUGGAUUUGCCAACUACUUGACACAUCGUAAUACUUGGACUAUUGAAAACGCCUUGUACUUAAAUGACUUAUUUGUCAGCGAAACCAGCAGAUUAAAGGGUGUAGGACGCGAAUUGAUCGAAUACGUUUACAAAGAGGCAGAUAGACUCAAUUGCAAGAAAUGUUACUGGUCUACGCAAUUUGAAAAUCAUAGAGCCCAAUUGUUGUAUACCAAGGUUGGUGUCAAGAGUGGAUUCUUGAUCUACAUCAGACCACCACCACCAUCAUCACAAUAG